GUGAUCAUACCAUUGACAUCCGCCAUGUUUAAUGUUUAUUACAGGUGUACACAAAUAAUUACAAAGGUGUAUUAAAGUGGACAAUCAGCUAUUAACUGAAAUAAGUAGGCGAUAAUUAUCAACUGAGUUGAUUCACAAGCAGUAAAUGGGUCAGAAGACCAUUGUCAGAAACAAGGGUAGGAUAUAGGGCGUAAAAGAAUCUAAGAAAUCCUUAGCAGCAUGGCUUCAGGAAGCGCCGACAUUUCCGGGUUUGGGAUGGAUGGGGAUGAUACGUUUGGAGAUGAUUCCAAGCUGGACAAAAAGAAGAAAUUUAAGCCGUUUCAGAAGAUUCGGAAUUUCUUCGGUGGUAGUAGUAAGAAGCGCUUCAAGGCAGAUGAGCAUGGAAAGGCUCAUUCCAUCGGUGCUUUGAAUCAGAAGAUGGCGGAGGGGGAUGAUGAUGAUGAUGGCGGGUUUCUCUCCAAGAGCGGUCUCGGCAGCAGAAGCAUCUCAGAGGACAGUGUGUUCAAACCAGAGGUCAAGGAGUCCCCUAAAGGCAUUCUGCAAGGUCAUGCUGUUUCCAUGGAAAAUAUCACCAACAUCAACACAAAGCCACUGUCUGGACCAAUCCAGAGUGACCAGAGCCUUCGAAGCAUGGAUGGUUCUUCAGACCUGGAGAUGUCGAGAUCAACAAAGAGGUUGACCUCAUCCCAGGGCAGUCUUGAUGGUGAGGUAGACAUAGCUGACUUUGAGUCCGUCCAGGUGCGGUCAUCGUCGCUUACGAACGAGGCUGCCAAACACCGUAUUUCUGUGAAGCCAAAGUCACGCAGGGUCUCCACCAAGGUGUCCAUGAAAAGGAACCAGAGACCCCAGGGUGCCAGUUAUCUGCCAAAUGUACAGGAGGAAUCUCCACAGAAAACACAUGAGGAAGACCAAGAUGUUGGAACACCAGGUCCAGUGGGGUCCCAAAAGACUGUUUUCGCUACCACCAUUCCUGUUGGAUCUGUGCUGGAAACCCCAGGGAACAUGAGCAUGGAUAUGCCCCUCAUGACACAGUCCAUGUAUGUCCCACGCUCUCAGCCUUCGCAAGCAGUCAAUAUGCAAAGGUCAAGAGCCACAGAGGACAUUGAGAGGUCAAGGCCAAGGUCAAUGUCCCCUCAGUCACCAUUCUCGACAAGCCCAGUUUCAAUGUCAAUGUUGCAAGAGGUGAAACUGAGGCCUAGGCAGGCUCCUGAGAAAACUCCAGCAGAAACUGUACCACAAGCCAGUGGGUCAGAAAACGAGUUGGCAAAGGCAUUUAAUAGGGCGAAAAGAAUAUCUAAGAAAUUUGAUGAAAGUGGAGCCUUAAAUAUGGAAUCUCAGAAAUCUAAAGUUCAAGAGACAGAAACUGUGUCUAGUUUAAAAGACUUGAAUCAGAGUUCAGUGAAGCCUGUUAAUGUUAAAUUAAGAUCAGCUGAGAUGACAAAAUCUGAUGAAAAAGCAUCAUUACCUACUACAGCAGUUGACAAAAACAUUCCAGUGACUGAACCUAGUUUUGCUGUCAAAAAGGACCCUCUUAAACCUGCAUUCAAAAGUACUACCUUGCCUGUAAAUAUGAAACCAAGUGACAUGGAAGCAUUUGGAGAUAGUCAGAAGUCUGGUAGUGAAGGAUAUGGCAAAAAGUCAGAUGAACAGAAAGUUAGUUUUGCAACAGAUAAGACUGCUGGCAAUGUGUCUGAAGUCAGUAAAGCUACAUCUGAAGCAGCUGCAAACAAACUAGCUUCUCCAAGGGAGGAUUAUAGAAUGAAAAGACAAGCCAGAAGUAAAACUUUGCCUGUGUCUAAAGACUUAAUGGACAACAAUGUUGAAACUAUUACAUCUGGUAAUAGAAGAAGUGCUAAUUUUGAGAAUAGUGUUACAAAUUCCAGUGGUGCCAAUGAAAAUAAGCCAGACACUGAUUAUGAAAACAUUGGAAAUGUGAAAAAGGAUGAACCUGAAUAUGACAAUAUAGCCAGUGUGAGGAAGGAAAAAGAAUCCAGUGUUAGGCGUAGACAAGGAGACUAUGAAAAUUUUGCAUUGAACAAACGCUCUUCAUGGGCACCAAGUACUAGUGUGGCUGCCCCUAGUACAGGUCAGCCAGAAUGGAUAUCCAGGGUCCAGAAACUUGAGAAACCUGCUGAUGAUAAAUCUGAUCCAGCAAGACCUAAAGAGAUUAAGAUCGGACCUAUUAAAUCUGAAAACAAAAAAGACUCCCCAAAGAGUCCAGAGACAGAAAAGAUCACAUUUGAAAAAGCAUCUGCUGUAAGUAAACCCGCAAGUCAACCAUCUGCAGCCAAACUCGGGGGAGUGUCAUCCAUAAGUAAACAGUCAAGCAUAGAGAAGCCUGGAGUGUCAGGUAGCAAGCCAGCAUUUAAUACACCGGUCAACUCUUCCCAGCCAAACAAACCAGCAGUUUCCAGCAUUGGUAAGCCACCAAUUGGCAGUGCGUCAAAGCCUAUUAGUACUACUACACCUAAAUCAACACCCACUGACACAAAACCAACAGUCUCCACUUCAUCUGUUCGGAAGUCAUCUGUUGGUUCGGCGAAACCAUUCCAAGUUGAAAAACCAGCAUUUUCUAGUGUAAAACCUCCUGUUGCAUUAGCAUCUAAACCAUCUAGUGACAAACCAACUGCUUCAAGUUCAAGCUCAAGCACUGCCACUUCAAAGUUAUCAUCUCCAACCAAAUCUGUUGGAAGACCGGACUCGGGUGGAAGCAAAUCAUCAACUCCAUUAAAUGUAUCUCCACACAGGGCCAGUCUAAAGUCUAAUCUUGCCAAAACGGAAAAUAAAAACACUGUUCUUCAACCAAUUAAUAAUGAAAACAAGAAUAUAAACAACAAAUCCAGUAUGAACUCUUCAGUUGGGAAAGUUGGUAGUUCGUUUGGUAGUGGCAAAACUGGAUGUGAACCAGAGAAAGCCACUGCAGGGAUAACAAAGAGGUUUGGAGGAAGCAUUAAAGGAAAGGAUAUGAAAAUUGAAAUCAUUGACAAGGACAAGCCCCGAGCUGGAACGGCUGAGCAGAAGUCCACCAAUGCUCCUCUUCGAGAGAAGGCCAAGGUCACACCAGAAAAGUGUUCCAAUAUUUCCGCAAGCAGACCAUCAAAGGUUCUUGACAUGGUGAAAAACUUUCAGAGCAUGCAGGUCACAUGAUAGUGACAUGACUUGACAUUGGGUCAUGUGAUCGGUCACAUGACUCUUGAUCCAGUAGGAAAUAGCAUUGUCAUAAAACAGUGGGAUCAUUCUCUGUGAGAAUUUUAUGCACAAUUUAAACCUGUAGAAAGGUGUUAAUUGAACAAAGUGAGGGAUGUUAUGAUUGCUUAGUUUAAAGUCACUCCUUAAAGCUGCACUCUCACAGAUUGAACUUUUUCAUUUUUUGUCUUGGAAUGAGCCAAUUUGUGCGAAAAUCCAUGGAAUCCAGAUAUAUAAGACUGCUGACAAAAAAUAGAUUGCAGAUUUUUGUAUUUAAGUUCAAAAAUUGAUGUUUUAUGCAUUUUUCUUAAACCAUUAGUAACAGUUUAAGUCAUAAAAUAUAAAUAUUAAUUUUUGGACAGAAAUAUGAAAAUCUACAAUCUGAGUUUUUGUCAGCAAUCUUAUAUUGCAGAUAUUUACGCAAAAAUUUGCCCUUUCCAAGACAAAAAAUAAAAAAGUUGUAAAAAUGGUGAAUCUGUGCGAGUGCAGAUUUAAAAGCAUAGCAUAAACUCUUAGAGAUCUGGUGCCAUAUUCUUAAAGCAUCUUAAGUCAUUUCCUAACUUAAGCUCCUAACUUGAGUCAAUUUCUUAAAAUUUUCAUAGUCAAAUUAAAAGAAAUGUAUAAAUGAUUUUAAUAUUAAAGUGUGUUUUUUUUAAUUAAGUCAAUGGUAAUAAUGCAUUUUGGAAAUUCUUUAUCUCUUAUGACUUAAGAGAUUAGUUAGGAAGUAACUAAAGAAGUUUUUAUGAAUACCGCCCCAGCAGCAUUUCAGUUAAAGGAUAAACUUGGCUCAGUUGUCAAGCUAUGAACUAGCAGAUAAACAUAGCUAGUAUGUAUAUUAUCCUGGAUUGGCCAAUACACAAAUUAUUUAUUUUUUUGCCAAAGAUUUUGAUGCAGUCAAUAUUUUUAAAAGCAAUACAGCUACCAAUAAAUAAACCCUUUUGAGGUGCUUUACCAUUGUUUAUUUUUCUUAUCAGUUUGUUAUUGUUCAAAGCCAAAAAUGCUGAUUGUCAGUCGAUAAAUUGUUUGCAUAACAGGAGAAGCCUACAGCACAUUGACAGUGAUUAUAGUUACAUAGAUUUAUAACUGAAGUGCAAGCUGUCUAUCAGUUUAUUGUUAUUUCGAAUAUGUAAUGACUUGUUUUCAAUGCGUUAUUUUCCCUAGCUAGUCUUUUUUGUUGGGCAUAUUUUCGUAAUUCAUUUGUUCUUUUUUCUUAGAGUAAUUCCUAGUGGAGUAUAGUUUGCAUAGUAAAAUUUUGGUAAUGAAGUGUGAAAAAUAUUUUGUGAGCUGUUCUGAAAUUAUAAUUUAUAAAUAGGAUUUAUUCUAAGACUUUUCUUAAACAUUAUAUGAAGAACGAAUGUUAUGCAAAAUAAAUAGAAUGGGCUGAUUGUUCACAAUGUUGCUAACAUUAUCAUUGUUAACUCAAAUUUUGACUAGUAGGGACAUUUCAUGGCCUCACUUUUAACCAUUGGCACUUCUCACAUCCAGCUGUGCUUGAUAUUAUUAAAUGUGUACACAUCAUAAUUAAAAGUUUUUUGUUAUUUAGAAGUUAACAAUGCUGCCUUUAACGAUGUUGUUAACUUUAACAUAGUUCAGCCCUACGACUAGUACAUUCUUAAUGAGAGGUUGUUUAAGUUUAUGUUUUGAAAAUUUUCGAGUUGAUCUUCAUUUUUUGUGUGUGUUUAGUUUUCGUUACAGUGUGAUAUUUUACAGUUUAUUUUUUCCUUGUUUCAGUAUAGUGAACAACGGUGACUUUUUGACUUUUAUUCUUAUAUGUUUCCAUUUUUAUUAAUUUUAGACAGUUUUUCUCAUAUCUUACACUACGCAAGUAAAUUUUGACAAAUCAAUUCAUUAACAAAAUAUGUGAAAAAAAUCAACAGCAGAGCUGUGAAUCAUUGGUUAUGUUUCUCAUGUUAGCAUUAAAGAGACUAGACACCAGAUGAAACAAUGCAAAGAAAAAUUGUUAAAAACUUAAAACAUAAAAUUAACAUCAUCGUGUACAAUGCAAUGAAUCUUACUUUCUCUUGUAUCACAUAGCGUACCAGACACAUGUAUCUUUCACAGUUUUUGCGCAAAUUUCCAAUUCGAAAAUUUGCUGGGGUUGUCUACCAUGUAAAUCCCAGUAAGUUUAAAAAUAGCGUUGCUAUAUACAUUUGUACUUAGAAACAGAUAUGAUUUGAAUUGUGAAACCAUUAUGCGCUUUUCUAUAACUGGGAAACUCAGAUGAGACAGCAACAUUACUGUUGCGUUUAUUCUUAAAAUCAUGUAAAAUGAUGUUUCAUCAGCCUCAUACUUGCUCACAUUGACAAUUCUAGGCUUCUUUUGAUGAAAUACUGUUUUUGCUGCUGAUUUGAGGACCAUCUGGUGUCUAGCCCCUUGAAGUAAAUUUGAUCUAUCCUAAAUGUAUUAUAUUAUUUGUUUGUCCAUCAGACAUGAACAUUAAUGCAAUGUUUUGCCAAAGGCAACAGACUUUUUUUUUUAUAGAAUACUGUAUUGCAUACAUGUGUUCUCUUUAUAAAAGAUUUCCUGAACUAGUCCCUUCAACCUAUGUGACCUCUCUCAUUCUCUUCUAUUCUUUAUUUCUUUUCUCGUCAUGUAGAUGUGUUUUAUUUCUGUUUCUAAACCACCAUUUUUUUUUUGAUAUAUCAAGACAAAAACAUAUAUAUUGCUUCAUUCUUUAAAAUAAUAUGUUGUAUAUUUGUUGAACUGUUAUAAAUGCAACUUUCUGUGGAAAAUAUCCGCACAAAAUAUGUUUAUCCAUAAAAAAAUGUUAAUCCAUCUUUUGAUAAAAAUCAUAAAAGCUUAAGUUAGUUAAACAAAGAUGCUUGAGAUUUUUUAUCUCCUUACAUUGCCAAAUAUUCAAUAUUCUUUGUAUUAAUCAGCAUUAUUAUAUAAUAAUAUUGUUUUUGCUGGGAACUUUUGCGGAGCAUAAUAUCCAAAUUUUAUUAAUGUCAUCUUUGAAACUUCUUAAUGAUCUCUCUUUAUUCUUUUAUUCAUGCUUCUGCCAAAUCAUACCAUCUGAAGGGAACAUUCUUACACAUGCAAAGCUAUUAUAGAAAACCUUUUACUGUAUCAUUAUUUCUUACUUUUGUUAAUUCAUAGUCUAAUCUAUAUUGAUGGCAUUGUUUCACAAGGUUUCCUUCUAUAUUUGUUAAAAGUUUGAGGUGAUAAAAUUGAAUCCUGGUGAGUCCAUGCGAAAAGUGUGCGUAAUUAUAACAGUGUGUCAAUUGACAUGAUGUUAUUAAACCACCCAGAUAUAAAUAUUCAUAACUGUUGAACAAAUGGGAAUAUUUACUAGUUACAAAUUAACCCUGGACAAAAAAUACACAUGGACUCGGAUGCGAUAUGUUAUUUUGGGAAACAAAUGAGGCAAUUACCGAGGGCAGUUGUAAUCUGAUUUCAGCACUAUAUCAAUUUGAAACCGAUUUCCUGCUUUUUUCUGUCUGUGCAUAAUAAUGCGAUGGUUUUUUUUUUGAGAAUAUAAAUCAAAAUCCUUAAACAGAUAAGUAUUUAAUGAAUAAAUUAUUUUGGUGCGCAGUAUUUCGUGUGAUUAGAAAUGUGUACAUUUUUUGCAUGUAAAUAAUUUUAUUUCUAAGUUAGUGAUACUAGUUUAAAAAAAGGAGGUUUAUUUUUUCGUUGAUGUGUUGGUUUCCAUUUGAUGUCUGUUUUAUUGUGUUACUGUGUUAGCUGUUAUUUCUUAAGAGGAAGAGCUUUGUGAAUACCAAAGUUUUGCCUUUAUCAUGUUUUGAUGUUGAUGGUUAGAAUUUCAUGCAGUUUUAAGCUUGUCUGACUUUAGAGAAAAAAUUGCCGUUAGCAUUGUUGUGCUAAUAAUUUAACAUGGACAUAAAUAAAAAAACGAUUAUAUUUAAAUAAAACUUGUAACACAUGUUUCGAGAUACGAUACAAACAAGUCAAGCAAGGCAUAUACUUCCCGGCCCCGUUUAAUUAAAGAUCAUGAGGCCUAAGAUUGUAAAUUUCAAGGCGUAACCCCAUUUUUAGUGUAAACUAUGUUUCAAUAAAAUUAUGGACAUAACAUGUAUCUUAUAGAUUCUGUCUAUCACUUUAAGGGUGUCCAAUAUUUAGCCCUUUAAACCAGAAUAAGGUUUAAAAUUAAGAUAUCUUAUUAAAACAGGCCCCAGGCUUUAAUCAUUGUUGAAUUCUGAUCCUUGUUAAACUAAAAAAGCAACAAAAGCUAGACGAGCAUUACUGUACACUUCAUAGCACUCUUG